UGUUUCUAUAAAGAUUUCUACCUCAAGAUGGGAUCUUUAGUCCCGUAUAUGGACCUAAAUCUUCUCCCUGAACGUAUUACUCCCCAAAUCGAGCCCAAGCUCGAACCCCUUGACGAAGAACCAUACUUCUCAACCCCGAACUCUGACCCUAGUUCUGACGUUAUCGAAGAAAUCUCUCCGGUUUCAGACAUUACUGGCGAUGACGAAAACGAUGUCUACUCACAAUACUACCGGAUAUCUGAGCUUUUCCGGUCUGUUUUCGCCAGGAAGAUGCAACAGUAUUCCGAUUUGACGGUUGUGGAUCCGAAUUCACUUGCAAUUGUUCCUCAGCCCGAGGAAGAAAGCGUCUCUACGGAUGCCUUGAAAUUAAAGAAACAAACUAGGUCGGCGGAGUUGGUUAGGGUUACUAUUCAGAAAGUUGAGGAUGCCAUACACUUUAGGAAUUUGAUGAAGAGGACGAGGAUGCUCUAUGACUCUCUGCGGAUCUUUUCGUCCCUCGAAGAUGAAAGAGGGAGAACUAUUGGUAAGAGAAUGAGGGGGGAUUUGACAGCUGCUUCGUUGAUGAAGGGCAGGGGUCUGUGGUUGCACAGGGACAAACGUAUUAUUGGUUCAAUUCCUGGUAUUGACAUUGGUGAUGUGUUUUUCUUCCGUAUGGAAAUGUGUGUGAUUGGACUGCAUGGCCAGCCUCAAGCUGGAAUCGAUUAUGUCACGGCGAGUCAUAGUUCGAAUGGCGAGCCGAUUGCUACGAGCAUCGUCGUGUCUGGUGGGUAUGAGGAUGACGAAGAUACAGGUGAUGUGAUAAUCUACACUGGUCAUGGUGGGCAAGAUAGGAAAUUUGCUAGGCAAUGCGUUCACCAAAAGCUUGAAGGUGGCAAUCUUGCGUUGGAGCGGAGCAGGUAUUAUGGGAUUGAGAUACGGGUCAUUCGGGGAUUCAAAUAUGAGAGAAGUAUUACCAGUAAAAUCUAUGUUUACGAUGGUCUCUAUAGAAUUGUGGAUUGUUGGUUCGAUGUUGGUAAGUCUGGUUUUGGUGUUUACAAAUAUAAGCUUGUGAGAAUGGCUGACCAACCUGAAAUGGGCAGUGCCGUACUAAAAUUUGCGGGGAACCUGAGGACGAAACCUUUGGCAGCCAGGCCAUCUGGUUACCUUAGUCUUGAUAUCUCCAAGGGGAAGGAAACUUUGCCUGUUUUUCUGUUUAAUGACAUUGAUUCGGAUCAAGACCCAAUGCUUUUUGAGUAUCUUGCGAAGACUGUGUUCCCACCUUAUGCGUUUCAGCAAAUGAAUAAUAAUUUUGGGUGUGAUUGUGUUUCUGGUUGUUCCUCUGGUUGUUUUUGUGCUCAGAGAAAUGGUGGAGAGUUUCCUUAUGACAGCAAUGGGAUUCUCUUGAUGGGGAAACCUUUGAUACUUGAAUGUGGCAGUUUUUGUCGCUGCCCACCUAGUUGCCAGAAUCGUGUGACUCAAAAGGGUGUGAAGCAUCGAUUGGAAGUGUUUAGAUCAAGGAAUACUACCUGGGGGGUUAGAUCCUUGGAUUUGAUUCCAGCUGGUUCCUUUAUUUGUGAAUAUACUGGCGUCGUGCUUACCAGAGAACAAGUGGCAUUAUUUACAAUGAAUGGUGAUAGUUUGGUCUAUCCAAGUCGUUUUCCUAAAAAAUGGGUGGAAUGGGGAGACUUGUCUCAAGUUUUCCCUGAAUUUAUGAGGCCAGCUAAUCCCUCUAUUCCUCCGUUGGAUUUUGCAGUGGAUGUAUCUACAAUGAGGAAUGUUGCAUGUUAUUUCAGCCAUAGUUCAAGUCCUAAUGUUAUGGUGCAGUAUGUAUUAUAUGAUCACCUUAAUAUACUGUACCCUCAUCUCAUGAUUUUUGCAUUGGAAAACAUCCCACCUUUAAGAGAGCUCAGCCUUGAUUAUGGAGUGGCUGAUGACUGGGAAGGAAAGCUCACUCUUUGCAACUGAACAAUUCUGAAGAGGUGGCAAAUUUUGUGAUUUUGCAAUUUUUUUUUGAAGGAAAUGAUGAUUCUAUCUGUUUUUGGGAUCAGCUCAACUUCCUUUCAAGGUAAUUCUUAGAAACAGCAGUUUUAAGACUUGAGAUAGCUAAACUUCUCUUCAUUUUUGCCGUAUAAGAGGAGGCUGCAAAUGUUGAUUCAGGUCUCAGAUUUGCAAGGAGGUGUUAACCAAUCACCAUCAUAUUGCUUUGGCACUAUAUUGAUUGCAGGCUUUUAGCUCAAGGAUGCAGCUUUGGAAAUGAAUGACUAAUGAAAUUAAAAAGAGUAUAUUCGGCUAAGAAAAGGAUGUCUAGUUAGUGAUCGAGCUGGAGUUCCCAGAUAGAAGAUCCUUUCAUGGACUUUGUGAGGAAAUCCAUUAACACCUUAUUUUUUUGUAACAUGUUUCCUUUUGUAUGUGCACAUGUACAUAUCAAUGAAUAACUUUUGUAUCCACUCGUGUAAAUGUCUGUCCAAACUGGAUACGAGACUAGCUUGUAAAGGAAGCAUGUACUACAUGCCAAAUGGAUGUAUGACUACAGGUCUCUUAGUUAAUUUUUU